AUGCCUGGCUUAUCACUGUCGAGGCUCUCUUCGGACACUUUGCAGGCCAAAGGGAUACAAAUCGAACUUCGUGGCUUGGGAUUAUCUCUACACCCUCCGUCCUUCGCGCAACCGACAUGGCUGAGUCUUCGCUUAACGGAACUGAAGGUGACCGUGAACCCUUCAGCUUUGGGCAGGGGGGCGGAUGUGCCUGAGCCUCAAAGCUCUUCGGACGUGGGGGAUACUUCGCAGGAUGGAGGGGAGAGCAGCCCAGCACGAGCUCGGCGGAGCAAGACGUGGAAGACACUCACACGGAUGAAGGAGCAGAUACAUUGGCUCAAAUUGGUGGACGUCGUUGCCGUGAAUACGACGAUCAACUUCCUCGAAGCCGGCCAAUUCCAGAUAGGAUCGCUCUCGUUGGCGGUGGACACCAGGCGGAAGAUGGUGGACCGGGCAAAGGUGUUUCGCCGAAAGAAGGAUGAGUCUGGUGAACUAUGCCCGGCCGAAUGGAUCAUGAACGUGCGAAACGUCCUUCUCGCGGUUGAUGGCAACGAGCCGGCUGAGGUUCUGGAUCAUGUCCAAGUCAAUAUCCACGGACUCCUCCAUAGUGACCGCGACGGACUCAGGGAUACCUCUAUUGCCCUGAAAAUUGGAAGACUCCAUAUUCCAUAUGACGAAUUGGCAACUGUCUCGCAACGGAUUAAGCAGUUCCGGCGGUCGAGGAAGGACCCUAUCGUCAAUGACACGGACGACGAGAUAUCGUUUGCCGACUUUGUCGAGGAGUUGGACAGACCCGGUAGUCGUGACGAUGUGAUUGUGCAAACGGUCGCUGAUUCGAAAGAAUUUGCAAGCUCCCUGCUACGUGGCAUUCGGGAAAUUCAACUGGCUUUGAGUUUCUUCAGACUGUCUCGCAUUGUCCAGCCGUCAUCUGCGGGGCAGAAAUCGGUCUACUUGAACGUCAUAUCCCAUGAAAUCGGCGUUGACCUGCAUCGCAUGGACCAAAGGAGUCCCGCACAUCGCAUGUAUUUUCAGCGGGACGACGUCGCACAUCAGGCUCUUCUGGCCGCCAUCUCUCUCUCAGUAAGCUUGGAUGAUAGCUCGGGCGAGACGGACAACAUUGUAUACAUCCCUAUGGCUACUACAACAAUCAAGACUACGCUUCCUUCCAAAACCGUGGGCUCUUUCGAUGAUCAUAAUGCGGAGGAGCGCAACACAAAUAUCCUCUUUGCCAAUUUUGUCGUCACCUCGCCCUCUCUCGAUCUAGAACCACACCAUCUUGACCGACUUCUCGGUUUGGUUCAAACCAGAGCAUCCUCCUCGCGCGGAAAGAAGCGCGACAAUCAUCGACUGAUUUCGCGGCUGCUCCCGAAAGCCAAUAUUAAGCUUUCCGUGCAUGAACCUGUCGUUCGACUCGUCCUCCCCAUAACUAAAGAAUCAGCCGGCUCUGAUGAUGACUAUAAUCUUCUAAUCUCCUCCAUAUCCGCUAUAGCUCUCGAUAUAGAUUCUUCACACUCGUCAGAAGGUGGAGUACAUUACUCUCUCUCGUCAGUUUACCGGGUCGCAGAUCACAAGCUGUACUAUCAGACCCCCACCGGGGUCAAGCACAAUCUGCUGACUACAGAGACACUGGAACUCAAGGUCCUCCUCAACGCGUCACCAGAGGUGUGCGUGAUCGCUACGGGGACACUGAAUACAUGUUCUGCCCACAUGGUCAAUGGUGAGGUCAAUCGCGGCAUCCGCCAGGUUGUCGAGCAACUUCGAGCCCAGACGCAGAACAGGAGAAGGGCCUCGAUGGCGCGCCAAGAAAGGAAACCGAGCGUACUAAGGCGUAUUCCGCCGUGGUUACUCAACUUCCAGUUUGAGGCCACGGGCCUCAGUCUGGAAAUCGCUGGAGUGGAUAGUACGGUCUCAAAGCUUUCCCGGGGAGUUUCAUUACAGCUGCAAUCAUGGACUGCAGAAUACAGAGCCCAAAAAGCUGAACCUACUCAUAUCAGCCUCGUACGGCGACGCACCCCAAGUCACUCCACCAUUGGGGACGAAUCGCCGUUUCGAUUUCCUCCAACUUCACCGCCCAGACAAAUUCAACAUGGUGCUGCGGAUGGGAGACGGCUGGCUUUUCACGCCCGUGGCUUCGAAGGCUUUGUGAUUGAAUCUGAGGACUACUUGGAGCCUGAGCCGUUCUUCUCACUUCCCCGAUUUGAGGUUGCACUGAGCACCCAAAGUGACCGUCUUGGUCCUAUCUUCCAUAUCAGCUCGUAUUCGCUUUAUCGCUAUUACUGUCUUGGAGUGGCGGUGUCUGUUAUUCAGGAUGCGUUCAUUCAACUCCCUACAGAAGCACCAAUCCAGCCACCGUUCGAAUGGCAGACGAAGGAUUCUGCAACCUCGCCCUCUGUUCCACGGCCGCCCCUCAAAAGAAAUGAGCUCAUCACGGUGGAUAUCAGAGCUACAGUCGUUCAAAUCAAAACGUUCCUACCUGCGGAUCCUCCAAUGAUGCUACAGAUAUAUGGAUUGGCGGCUGGGUCUCACCGUCUGUCGUCUCCUUUCCUCAAGGGUGUUUGGGCUAGAAUUAUCAGCAUGAAUAACGUCAAGGUUGACCUGCGCAAGUUCAAACUAAAGCAGGGGUCUAAUUUAGUCGAAGAGAAGUCAAUAGACAUUUGGGCCGACUUUAUCCGCAUAGGGGUCCCUCAUCACAUGAUCAUGCAUCGUGUCUUCGACAACUGGGUCAACACUGCUAAAGCUCUUAAGCAGCUCCAUCAUCGUUUCAAGAACCGUUCAUCAGAAUUCAUUUCAGCAAGGGAUCCAGAAGCGCCAAAGAAGGUUCCUCGGAUCUCGCUGCGGAGUAAAGCUCUAUUAUUCGAGCUAGAAGAUGAUGCGUUCGAGUGGAAACUAGGUUGCAUCUAUCGGACAGGUCUACUUGAACAGCGACAACGUUUGGCGCGAGAGGAGGCGUUUGAGCUCAAGGUUCAGAAAAUAAGGGAGUCAGGACAGCGUCGGGCCUCGUCCAGGUUGAGAACAAGGUCCAGCCAUCGGACCCUUCGCAGCGAACGGACAAGCCAUGACACGAAGAGGAGCAAAAGUGCUGAUCCGAAGCCUCGCGGCCUUACUCACGAUACGAAGGGUGGACGAGGGAGGAGAUUCCGGUAUGAUACGGAGGGCUCGGCUUGCCUGUCUUCCGAUUCCAAAAUCUCCGAGGAAAAGGCUUGGUCCCGACUCCAAGAACACAAUGCUCGAUCUUGGAAGCAGAAGAUUGACGCGGCUUUUCGGUUUCAAGGCAGCUCCAUCAAGGAAAUUCGGAAUCUCUUUUCUGGAGCCGAUGAGCCGCCUGAUGAUGCCACUGUAACCGAGAAAAUUCUCGCCAUUCCAAACAGGCCUGGUAUCUUGUCAGCCUUGAUAACUGACCUCAGUCUAGUCAUAGACAAACCGUCUUUCCCUAUUGAAGAGUUCCCGUCGUUUCUCCAUAGGCUUGGAAAGGGAAUCCCUCUAUCCACACAAUACGCUUUGCUCGUUCCAAUGAGCUUCCACCUGAACAUGGGCGAAGCUCGAGUCAACCUGAGAGACUACCCCCUGGACUUGUUGCAUAUACCUGCCUUACGACCGGGCCAAUCUCCCAGACUCUCAAGUUGGUCGCUGCGGACGGAUUUCGUUAUAGCCGAAGAAUACCGCGACUACAGGUCGUCGAGAAAGGUACAGCUAGAACUCGUUCCAUCAACCGAACUUUCGGAUGGAACCACGAGUCCUCCCUUCUUGAUCGAUGUGUGGCGAUCUGUGUCUCCUGUCAAGACUUACUCCGACCCUACCAUCGAAAUCAAUACUAGUCUUCCGACUAGCAUCUCCUGGGGUAUGUCAUAUCAGCCUGUGAUUCAGGACAUGAUGAAAAUCAUAGAAGGCUUCACGAAGACUGAGAUAGAUGCGUCCGAAAGGGUUGGAUUCUGGGAUAAGAUUCGACUAAGUUUCCAUUCGCGCAUACGAGUUCUAUGGAAGGAGGACGGCGACGUUCACCUGCGCCUCAAAGGCUCUAGAGACCCAUAUGUUGUAACUGGCUUCGGAGGCGGCUUCGUCAUGUGCUGGAGGAAAGACGUGAAGUGGGAAAUCCACACCAGCGACGAUCCGAAGGAAUUCAUGAGUGUUACAAGUGGGGAAUAUGUGCUGGCGAUCCCAGACUACAGCAACGAGGCUCGAUACGCACAAGAGGCCACCGCCCACGACUUGGAGAGCAGUUCUUCUUCAAGCGAUUUCAAGAACGCAACACUUUUCAAGAAGGUUGUGAUGAAAUUGUCGGGCGACGUCCGAUUAGUUGCUGGCUUGGUCUUUGAACGUAACGUAGACGGGGACAAGCGGUCGUUUGAGUUCAAACCGCAUUACGAUGUGGUCCUUCGAAAUCCGGAGUUUAUCGAUCCAGAGGAGCGAAAGGACUACGACGCCUAUCGUGGGUUCCGCAGCAACCACAUCCACUUGUCCAUCUCGGUCGUUGCCCCUGUGAGCAGGAACUGGGAUGUUGACCAUCUUCAGCCUUCAGCAAGCUACAACGCCGUUCACUUGAGUCCGCGAUUCUUCACGCAUUUCUUCAACUGGUGGUCUCUAUUCUCGGGUGUGAUGUCUCUCCCAGUCCGCCAGGGUCCUCUUUGGCCUGGUAUCACCAAAACCAGCAAGAAGUUCAAUCGUCAUCUUGCUACUGUCAAAUACAAACUGCUCCUCGCUCCUCUAUUUGUGGCUCACAUCUACAAGCACAAGGACCGUGAGGAUUAUGCGGAAGAUGUGGUCACAGCAACAGGGCUGAAGCUCGAUGUCCAUCAGCGGCGGGAGCAAAUCAAGACGGUAGCAAAGGGUCGCCUGAAGCAAACAAAGACAAGCGCGAUGCGAAUCAACCAAGGCCAAUUGGAUUUGCAGGCGGCCGAUUUCAGAGCCGUCUCAGUUAGUAUUGAGGGGACGAAUCUCGAUGACAUACAGGAGAAUCGGGACGAUAUCAUAUCUUCCUUCCAGCAGCCAGUUCCCUCGGUUGAUUUAUCACGAUUCACUAUCCCAGACCAGAACCUUGAUUGGGUUGAUAUGGAUGACUUUGUGGAGCUCGAUUGGAUACUACCUCAAGAGUCCAACCCAAAAACACAUAUACUUCCUCUUGCGUUCACCCCACGUUUUACCUACUUUCGUCAGACUGAUCAUGGCGAUAUAACGCCAGAUCAAACAGGGUACAGCCCAUUCGGCCAUGAGCCCACUCACGACUGCGUUCUGUCCGAGAGUAACGAACCUCGUCGGGUACAAAUGGAACUGAUCAGGGAUCGCCUCGCCACCGUUGAAGCACAAAUACGGAACUUCGAUCGUCAGAUUGGGGAGCAGGAGCUUCGUAUGGCAAAGGAUGUCGACCAUCAUUCCGAACUUAAAAACGAGCAUGAUGACUUUGUCAGACAGGCUGAAUCGCUUGCUCGGAGACGUGCCUUCCUUGUGACUGGGCUUCGUCGCCUUGAAAUGCAACUUGCACGUGAAGAGAAAACCCCAAUAGACAAGAAGCCUGAAAAUUUCGCGAGUGACAGCUCGUUUCGUCUUGGUGCUGACUCCGAUUCGACAAACGGUGGCAAGGAAGCGGAUCUCGACGGCUUGUACUCCUCGCGCAACGAUGAAUACGCUAGCGACUUUAACAACCGCUUCUUGAUCCACAACAUGCAAUUGAAGUGGAACAACUCACUCCGCAACAUCAUACUGCGCUAUAUUCAUCAAGUGAGCCAAAGACGAGGUUUCGUAUACUACAUGUCCCGCAGAGCCGUCAAAUUCAUUCUCGAUAUUGUCGAAGAACAGAACAAAAACAACCAAAGACGGUCCAAAAUGUUCAAGGGCUCGUCGAGGCGGCCAUCGAAUGCGGACACAGAUGAAGACAGUGUGGAGGAUCGUAUCGAACAGCUUCUGAACGAUACCAAACGCUUUGUCAGUGCUGAGGAACAGGAAAGCAUUGACUCGGGUACCCAGACCCAGCCAGAUUCUGACAGCUCUAGCGAGAAUAUCUCGCCUGAGUUCACUCCACAGAAUAGUUACUACUUACGGUUGAUUGCGCCGCAGAUCCAGCUUCAGAGCGAGAAAAAUCAGAAGUCAGUCUUGUUGGUAGCAGCGAGUGGAAUGCAACUGAAAGUGAUUUCCAUCAUGGACAAAGAGCGUGUUUCAGACGAUGUCAGCGGUUUGGUGCAGCGGCGCUUCUCCCUUGACAUGGAUGGUGCUCAGUUCUUCGUUGCGACUCAGAAGAAUCUGAUGAAUCACUUGCAGUUCUAUGCCGGCAAUAAGUAUGGCAACGCUCCGGGAUCGGCAUGGCCACCUUGGGUAACCCUCGAAGCCAUGUUUGACUUUGAGCUGAAUCCUUUCGGCUUCUCGAGAAUUAUCCAGAAGACUUCUGCCAGCUUGAGAUAUGACAAAUAUAACAACCUGCGUCUCAAGUACAAUGAAGAAGUGGCAAAAGGGCAAUCCAAGCACGUCGGUCCGGAUGGUCAAGAGACUAGGAUGGAUCAUAUCAGUGUUGACUUUCCUCACUUUCGGGCCAUUUGUGACUCGGCUGAGUAUUACUCAAUGUACAUCAUCGUGCUGGAUCUUCUGCUCUAUAGCGAACCGUUGGAGAAGGUCAGAAACGAACGUCUGGAACGCAUACUUCUCACUUCGGAUUUCAGCGACCUGAGAGGUGCUCCGGAGAUGGUGUUCAAGCUGCAGUCCCGCAUCCGUCAACUAGAGGAGAUCAAGGAGCAUUUCCAGAUCAACGCCAAGUAUCUGGACAAGAAUGGCUGGGAAGACCGGCUGGUGCUGGAAAAGGAUCUCGCUCAAUGCGAAGACGAGUUAUUCUUCUUGAUGAAAGCUAUCACGACAUCUCAAAGACGGAUCGAGCCGACAACAUCUGGAGCAAAUGGAAUCCUGAGAUGGAACAUCUCUGCAUCCGAGGUAUCUCAGCCUUUGGUCGAAUUCCAGCUACGGAACGCCGAUGAUGGCUCGAAUCACAAUCUCGUGGCAGUUGAACGGAUAUACGGCUUGAACCUUCUGCCGGACGCCAUCUACCCUCAAAUCAUCGUGCCGUAUCUUGACCAGGCCAAGAACCUGGACGAACCCGAUGAAAAUAUGAUUAGGGUCAAGUGGCACAUGUUGGAAGCUGUUGGCGGUAUUCCCGUACUCGAUGACUUCGAGAUACAGCUGGAGCGCGAGCUUGGUCAAAAGGUGUUCGAGUAUAUCUUUCCGAAUGUUCGCUCCAAUGGGUUCGAUGGUGGGUUCUCACCUUUCAUGAUCAAGAACAUGAAACCUUUGGAUGCCUCGGAAUCGGAAGAAGACGAUGAUAGCCCAUCUCCGCCGCCAAGCGCGCAAGGCACAAGCGACAUCUCAGCCGAGGACCUUUCAAGGACCAAAGGACCCGGCGCUAUUGAGCUCAGAUUGCAACCCACGCUUUCGCUGGCAGACGAAACGAGACCUCGUUCGCGUCACAGUUCGUAUAACCUCAAGGGUCUUGGCAUGACGGCGAUACACAAGAAAGAGCAGAAGGACAGCAAUCGUCUGGGAGUAUCUCCAUCAAACCGCCCAGCAACGAGUGCUAGUUCAUUGAGCAAGAAGAAGUCAGUUGAGAGUAUGCGAAUGCUCUCCAGACAGCCUACAGAGAAGUCAUUCGCCAAUGGCUCGACCGCCAACGUCGGGGAAGAUAAGGGCAAGAAAUUUACCCUGAUAUCGAACAAAAGCGGUAAAUCCAAGGAAGUGCAAGACGAUCUAUCGCAGAUGAUGUCUCGCGCAUCUAGCUAUAUGACCCUUGCUCACGUGAAGGUGAACGAUGUCGUACUUUGUUUGAGUUACAAAGGCAAAGGGGAGCACAACCUCGAGGACAUCCAUGACUUUGUCUUCCGACUUCCUGUUCUAGAAUACCAGAACAAGACAUGGUCCAACUUGGAUUUGGCUCUGCGACUGAAGAAGGAUGUCAUCAAGGCUUUGAUCUCUCACGCACCCGCGAUACUUGGCAACAAAUUUUCUCAUCAUCGACCUUCAAAGCAACAACUGAAACGCUAUCGCGAGCUUGCCAGUUCAUCUCAGCUCCUUCAGAACCCGGACAGUGCAUCAAAUGCCCUGUCGGGCAAAACCCAGAGCCUAGCGAGUUAUGACUCCAACAGCGAACAUUCGGAGUCGACAUCUCAACGUUCAAUUCACUCGGGAACCUCCCCACUCGCGCGAUCACAAUCCUUAGGCUCAAGUAUGCUUAGCGUCCAGGAUCAAGGCACACCAUUUGACUCGCGCUCUGCAAGUGAAGUGGAUGUCGAUGCUCGCUGGGAGCAAUCCCGUAGGAUCGUCAAUCCUCCCAACCGACCACUGACGUCGAGCCAAGCCAUUGCCAGAGCUGAUACCAAGAUUUGGGAUGCUCCCGAUGAGAGUCACAAAAUGAGCAUCCGAAGCUUCGGACGGAAGUUGCUGCCGUCGCGAAAAUAA